AUGGAUGUAAGUACUCUGGCACAUGUUGUACAGGCCUCCUGCGUGUUACAUAACAUAUUCGAUGCUCUUAAAAAUGAAUUUAUUCCUGAUUGGGCUGACGCUGAAGUACUUAUUGAGGAACCAAUACUUCCAAUUGAUGAAACGCCAGCACCAGACGCAAAGCUAUUCCGUGAUGCUUUAGCUGAAUAUUUCACCAGUUAGACAUAAGUACAGUUUUAGGGACGGAAGUAGUGUAUGCAGUAUAUUUCAAAGCUAAGUUUGUUGAUCAUACAAUAUAUCAUAUUCCGAAUCAGUACGCACUCAAACAUCUGGGUGUAAUAUGAUUUAGUUACCCUCACUUGUGGUCCAUGAAUAUGGGAUAUAGAGGUGCCUUGAAUUAGCCUUUCUCAUGCCGCCAUUUUUGGGUGUCAUUUCAGCCGACUUUUUAUAAUUUCUUGGACGAUUGAUGGUAAAUUUGCUUUGUAAAUCGUUAGUUUAUUUUGAAAAAUUGCUUUUCACAUUGUUCUAAUUGUCUGCCUUGGUUAACGAGAAUUAGAUGCUACCCAAAAAUGGCGGACAUUCGUCAUCGUAAGAAAGGCUAAUUGAUAAAUUCAGGGCUGACUUUUAUCUAAUUAUCAGCAUUCUAUAUCCGAUAUAUAGAGCACAAUUAACUAAGUAAGUAGGGUUUGUUUUUGACGCCAUCUUGUUUUCGUUUCCAAGGAAUACGCAUGCGUAAUUAGUUUUAGGGCCGCCUGCUAUAUUUUAAGCGGGCCGAGACUACCUCCUGGAAGAGGUCUCGGCCCGUCAAACAAUUAUGGCACGCAGACCCUUAAUUUUGCGUUUCCACUGCGAAAAUUAAGAGUGCCGUGCCUAAAAAUUUGGUCCGCGUACGUGCCAUUAUUUAAGAGUGCCGUGCCAAAAAUGAGUGUAGUGUAAACGGGGCUUAAGCCUCCAUUUCUUGCAAACACGUAGUUGCUAGGGGCGUAACGUACAUCAAAAUUUCAAUGAUCAGCAAUGUUGCUCUGAAAGCUUCGGAAUUCGGUUAAAUAUAGAUAUAGUUUGUUCUUUCACCAAUUGGACUGACUCUUAUAGUUUAUGUAGACAUGUCAUAAAAUUGUCUUCACUUAUGUUGUGAUGAUUUUCAUUAAAUUCUUCAGGUGUCCACUUGUCAACUUGACGAAGAAAUAAUACUGCUGUACUCGUCGCCAGACGUUUCUAACCAUUCCCCAUACUGCGCAAAUGUCCAAACAGUGACCCAAGAAACUUCCCAAGAAACGACCAAAGCUUACACUAGCAUAUUUUACCGAACUGUGCAGUAUCUACGCAUGGUAUUGCGACACAAUCCCGGCUAUAAUCAGAUGGAAAGCAACGAAUUUUCUACAGAAGAAGUCGAGCGACGGGGAAGUAAUGAAAAUAGUGGGGCAUUUAAUCCAACACACAGCUGUGAUAAGGAAAUGGGGACUUCGAUAUCGGAAAGAAACAAACAUUCUUGCACGUUGGGAAUGAACAAUGUCACGUUGAGAUUAAAACAGGGUGAAUUCAUCGCGAUAAUAGGAAUACUGGGAUCAGGCAAAACCGCAUUACUGAGGCUUUUGAGUGGAAGGUUGAAAUGUGAAUGUGGGCAGGUAAGAUCACAAUUAAAAGAGAAAUUUGUGUAUUCGAAAUAACUAUAGAUGUAAAAACGGCGGAAGGCCCACAUGUAUCCGUUUAAUUCACAAAUGAAUGUGCGAUGUCAGGGUCUCUUUUUAUUCCAUAGACUGCAUGAGGGUACUUAUCUCCCCAGCACCUGUUUUAGCCCCUCCCGUGAACCAUGUUGUCCCCCAACCCAGUAAAGGUCCCUUCUGUCUACAAUAUUAGCAAAAAAUGGACGAAUAACUUAGUUAAGAAGAGUAUUUUAGCAUUUCCAUGAGCAGAUCGUUGUCUAGCGGAUGAAAUAUAUCACAAUUAAUUGUCUAAAAGUGCCGAAAAUCAAGCCCCCGACAUUUAAAAAUAAAAACUUUUUUCUGGGCCAGACAAGUUCCCACUUUUCCCGUUCACCACCUCCUUGUUGGGUGACUUGGGUUCGUUUCUCAUGAUGGCCACUCCGCUGACAAAUUCUUAAAAGAUGCCCUGUGCAAUGUCCAUUUAAAUGCAACACCCAAUAACAAAAUACUUUUAUACUGUUAAAAUUUGAUUACGUGUUGCAUAUUAGAUUUUUUUGCUGGACAGUUUUCUAAAAUCUGCUGCUUUCUGGAAUAUGUCUUUAUUAGAAAAGGCAGGAUAUCGUAUUUAAUUAGGGGGGAGAAUGUGAGGAUAUUUGGCAGUAAAACUAAAUGUGGAACUUUUUUUGUUCAUUGAAAUUCGAUUUUUGGAUUUUUCACUCGGAAUUUCCAUCUACAAUGAGGACCAUCAGUAUUUCGCAAGGAGCCAGUUAGCAAUGCCUCCUAUAACUAUAUCUUCUAAGAUGAUAGCUUUUAAGUUACGCGCAGGCUUUUUGUGUCAAACAUUAUUACAAGAUUUUCUUGUUUCGUUCUCAUAAAGGAACAUCUAAAUGUGAAUGGUACUGGACACGACGAAAUCCACAACAGUUAUUCCAAAAAAACCGUCUUUCUUUCUCAGUUCAUGUUGCGUUAUGACGGAGAGGUUACUGUGAGACAAUAUUUAUUCCUCGCUGCGUUAAUGAAGAUGCCCAGAAACACGAAAAACAUGGCCAAGUUUGAACGAGUGGAGCAGAUCAUUUCCAUG